CGCGCAUGCGCCCAGUCGGGAAGGCGCAGUCUCGCUGCCCCAGGCCGCCUGGCUGGACCGGUCUUGAUGCCUCGGCUCCUCCACUAACAUUCUGAGGCUCCCUGGGGAUGAGAAUUGAACUGUCCGCGCAGCCAGGAAACCCGGGGUUUCAGCACCGAGGGGGUCCAUGGCUCGAGGCCUGCAAGGUCUGCUGGAGCUGAGGAAGAAGGAAUGCCUGCGGAAGACGUGGUCUUUAGGGGUCACAGCCAUUUCAGAAUCCCACCAAAGCAGAGAAGAGUAGUGAAGAAAUACUGUGGAUGCUUGCUUCUCCCAUCCUCCCGCUUCCUGCCAGAGCAUUGGCUGAACCCAACCACAAGAAAGGCAGAUGAGUCAGGUGCUAUAGGCCAUGGAGAUCAGCUGUCAGGAAUCCAGCGCAGAUCUUAUUAGAUACAUGCCCUGAUCCUCAAACUAAAUAAGGAUUGAUGGAUGAAGCUCCACAUAUAGUAGCUGAUCGAUAAACCUUACCAAAGAUGAGACAGAAUUCAUGAGGACACCAUUAACCUAAAUAGUGGUGUUUGAUUUCACAGAGUAAAUUCUCUUUGGGACGAAAUUUACAGAUAUCCAAAAAUGCUUCAGAUUGAACAGGCUGAGGCCCAGCUCUCAGAAUUAGACCUGCUAGCCAGUAUGUUCCCCGGUGAGAAUGAGCUCAUAGUGAAUGACCAGCUGGCUUUAGCAGAACUGAAAGAUUGUAUUGAAAAGAGGACAAUGGAGGGGCGAUCUUCAAAAGUUUACUUUACUAUCAAUAUGAACCUGGACAUAUCUGAGGAAGCAAUGGGGAUGUUUUCUCUGGCCUGUAUUCUUCCCUUUAAAUAUCCUGCAGUUCUGCCUGAAAUUACUGUCAGAUCAGUAUUAUUAAGUAGAUCCCAGCAGACUCAGCUGAACACAGAUCUGACCACAUACCUGCAAAAGAAUUGUCUCGGAGAUGUCUGUGUAUUGAACGCCACAGACUGGGUUAGAGAACAUGCCGCCGGUUAUGUCAGCAGAGACACCACCCCUUCCCCCGCUCCAGGAAGUACAGCCCAGCCAGCCGAUCUCAUUCUCACGAGACUCUGGAUCUACAGCCAUCACAUCUACAACAAAUGCAAAAGAAAGGAUAUUCUAGAGUGGGCGAAGGAGCUUUCCCUAUCUGGGUUCAGCAUGCCCGGGAAACCUGGCGUCGUUUGCGUGGAAGGUCCACAAAGUACUUGUGAAGAAUUCUGGUCAAGACUCAGAAAAUUAAACUGGAAGAGAAUUUUGAUUCGCCAUCGAGAAGAUAUUCCUUUUGAUAGUGCAAAUGAUGAAAUGGAAAAACAAAGAAAAUUUCCAGCUUUUGAAGAAAAAGUGUUCAGUGUUAAUGGAGCCAGAGGAAACCACAUGGACUUUGGUCAGCUGUAUCAGUUUUUAAAUGCCAAGGGAUGUGGGGAUGUUUUCCAGAUGCUCUUUGGUGUGGAAGGACAAUGACUGAACAGCGGAGUAGUUGAAAGUAUUUUGUCACUGUGGGCCUUUGAUUUUUUUCCCCCUCACUCUUUCUUGAAAGAUUAAGUAAUUUUACUUUAGUCCCAUUCUAGAAUGUUGGGGUGGGGGUUUGGGGGGUGACGGGUGGAGAAAAAGUAGUAUGGCUGAAAUGCAUCUGUUAAAAAUAUGUCAUUAUUGAAAACAGGACUGAAUUUUAAAUUAUAAUCUUAAAAUUGUU